GUGCUCCCGAUCGCCUGCGGGCCUCCCGGUUCCCUCGAAGCCGAGUGGCUUCAACUCCAAUUUGCGGCACGGAGGGUGAAGAAGGAGUACUGGUGCCUUUGUCAAGGAGCCUCCCUUGGCUGUUGUGGUGCAACCGGCGAGGUGCGCCACCCGCUGCUCACGAGGGAGGUCGAAGAGAGCGUUUUCCGCACCGAGGUCUCCACUCUUGGGCGUCCUGCGCACACUGCCUACGAGGUUCUCCGCAGACAUGAGUCGCCUGAUGUGACCGGAGAGGAGAUUAUUCUCCUGAAG